AUGGAGUCACCAGACGACAGCAUUCAGAGCUGCCGCAUUCUUCCCAUGUUCAGCAGCUCUGUGGGAAAGCUGCAGCAGCUCCUGGGCAAGGGGGAGUACCUGCUGCUGAAGGACGUGCCCGUGUUUGAGAGCGACUUUAUCCAGAUCAACAGAAGAGGAGAAGUGAUUGAUGUGCACAGCGCUGUGCAGAUGGUGACGGUGGGCAUUGCGUAUACCAGCCGCCACCUCACAAUGCCCGAUGCCAUGCUGCUGGCACAGCCGGCUGUGAGCUGUGCAGUCAGGGCCAGAAAUGACCAAGAUACCCAGAGAAAGGACCUCAGGUCGACAGAGAGAUUGGAGCUGACCAGGCUGCUUCCUUUGAAGUUUGUCAAGUUAUCCAUCUAUAAUCAUGAGAAAAAACAGUUCCACUUGAAGCUUGCCACUGGCCGCUCUUUUUACCUACAACUGUGCCUUCCUUCAGAUGCGAGACAAGAUCUGUUUGCAUGCUGGGAAGACUUAGUGUACCUGCUGAGACCGCCAGUGGAGGCUUACAGUGGGACCCAGGACCAACCUGCUGGUGACAUGGUCUCCAUACCUGGGUUGGAGGCAGAGCACAGGAAGAGCCCAGCAGUAAGCCUUUGCAUAGACUCUUGGAGAUGGGGCCAGGGUGAUUUGGAAGAGCAGCUGAGGCUUUUCCAGGCUGCUCUCUGAGGCUCACCAGGAGAAGGCAUUGCAUUUGGAAGAACUCGGGCCAAAUAAGGCACCA